AUGGCGAACCUUCCACUUCCUACUGUCCAGUCCUUGGCGGAUUGCACAUCUUUUCAACAGACCGUGCUCCCCUACCUCGAGCAGCUGCAAUACCUCCCCGCUAGCUUGGGCGAGGCGGGCUGGAAUCUGGAUAACCUGAAGGCCGUCUACAUAGCCACCAAUCCCUUGACUACUGCAUUUGCGCUAGCCACGGUCUUGGCCGAUCGUUGUUGGUCUCUGUUGCCUACUAUAUACAAUGUGCAUUUCGCCGCUUGGGCGCGUUUGUCCGGAAUCCGUACCCAGACUUUGGAUACCAUCGCUGUUAUUAGUAUUCUGUGGAGUGUUCGUUUGACCUACAACUACUGGCGCCGAGGUGGAUACUCGAUUGGAUCGGAGGAUUAUCGCUGGAAGAUUGUGCGCGCGCAGAUCAACAACACUUUCCUCUUUACCCUGUUCGACUUUGGAUUCAUCGCCUGCAUUCAGUCUUUGCUGCUUCUGCUGCUCGCCUCGCCGUCCUACGUAUUCGUGAUUUUGGCAAACAGCCAGGGUCCCGAGACCUUUGGCCUGCCCGACCUGGCUUUCUCCCGCGCUGUUUUCUUCUUCCUCAUCAUCGAGUUCUUCGCCGAUCAACAACAGUGGAACUUCCAGGCUGCGAAGCACGAAUAUCUCAACAAUGCCCGUAUCCCGGAACCCUUCAAGGACCAGUACACUCCUGAGGAUCUGGAGCGUGGCUUUGUCGUCAGUGGGCUCUGGUCAUGGUCACGACACCCUAACUUCGUCGCGGAGCAGGCUAUCUGGUUGACCAUGUAUCUGUGGGGCGCCUACCGCACCGAGAACUACGUCCAGUGGACCGGUCUCGGCGUUUUGGGACUGCUUGGUAUCUUCCAGGGAAGUACACGCCUGACUGAGUCUAUUACUGCGAGCAAGUACCCUGAGUACAGUGAGUACCAGGCUCGCGUUGGCCGGUUCUUGCCGCGCUUCUCCGCAGAGGCGAAGACCAAGUCCAAGGGUAAGAAGAAGGCUGCCCCAGUUGAGGAUGAGCAGUCUGUUGAGAGCACCGAGAACAAGAAGAGCAAAUAA